AUGACGUGGAAAUGGUUUUCGUGCGUUGGCGAAAUUGGACGAAGGAGUGGUUCGCAGAAGCAUCGCCAAGGUGUGGGAUCUUUGUGCUGGAAAGUUGGCGUUCGAACAGCUGGAAUCAUAGUGUUCGUAGUGGAAUUGCGAUCUCGGUGGAAGCAGAGGGUUGUCAGACUUUCGUGUGACCCUGACCGUUGGAGCUAUUUUGAGGUUGUGAGUAUUUUGAGGGAGAUGGGGUAUAUGGGAGAGAAUGAACUAUGGUAUUGUGUGGGAGGUGGUUCUGUAUUGGAGGAUAGGUUGGAGAUUUUGUGUGAUGAUCGUGGGGCCAUGAAUAUGGUUACCUUAGCUAGGCUAAAUGGUGAGGUUCAUCUGUUUGUCAUGCAUAAGAUGUGUGAACCAGAAAUUAUAGAGAUGUUGGAAUACUUUUCCCAUGAUGGAGAUGGUGUUGAAGGUGGUGGGAAUGACAUCAAUAUGGUGGACAUUAUGAGUGAGAAGGAGAUUGCAGAUGGUGUGCCUGAACCUGAGAGUGUGCAUGAAGGUGAGGGAGAUAGAGGAGGUGAGACUGUGCGUGAAGGUGACUUAGAUAAAGGAGUUCAAAGUGUGCAUGAAGUUGAGAGUGUGCAUGAAGGUGAGAGAGAUAAAGGAGUUGAGAGUUUGCAUGAAGGUGACUUGAAUAAGGGAGAUAAGAGUGUGUACGAAGAACAUGAUAAUGGGGAAGAUGAAGUAGUUGAAGUUAAUGAUGCCGAGGGACAUGAUGGUGGUCAGUCAGGUAAAGAAGUUGAUGUUGAGAAGGAAGUUGAAGCAAACUUAGAUGAGGGCGUUGAAAGUUGGAAUGAUUCUGGUCCUAAUGAUAGCAGUGACGACAGCCAGGUUGGUACUGCAGGUUUAGUUGAUAUCAAUGUUGAAGGUGAUGUGGAAGAUGAACAUGAAGAAUUGGUGGGUAACAUAGAAGUUGAAGUUGGAGGUAUAGGAGAAGACUUUGGUGGCCCAAGUAGGAAUUGGAGGACAAUUGAUACAGCAGACAUGGAUAGUAGUGAGGGAAAUGAAUACACUGAGGAAGAUGAAGGUGAUAGUGAAGAAAGGGAGGGCUAUGGAAGAUUUCGAACCUUUGUAAUGCCAAAACGCAUGAGAGAAUAUCAAUGGGAGGUAGGUACGUAUUUUAGUGAGAAGGGGGAUUUUGUUGAAGCCAUAAGAAGCUACGCAUUGGAAAAUAGUAGAAGUCUUAAAAUAGUUAAAAAUGACAGGAGGAGGGUGCGAGUGAAGUGUCUGGGUGCUAAGGCAAAAUGUCCAUGGCUUGCUUACUGUGGUUAUAUGCAAGCAGUUAAGUCUUGGCAGUUGAGGAAAAUAGUUGAUACCCACACUUGCAGUAGAGAAUUUAACCUUCGUUUGAUCAAUGCUAAAUGGUUAAGUAAAAAAGUUGAGAAAACAGUUAGACAAAAUCCCAGGACAAAGGAAGUUGAGAUUCGAGAUGAAGUGAGUAGAAAGUGGAACAUUGGGAUUUCCAGAGGUAUGGCUUACAGGGCAAGGGCAUUAGCAACAGAAAGUGUUGAGGGAUCCUUUAAAGACCAAUAUAAGAGGUUGUAUGAUUACGCACAUGAGCUGCUGAAAACAAAUCCUGGAUCAACUGUCAAACUGAAGGUUAAGGAGAAUGAAGGUGAACCCAUUUUUGAGAGGUUUUAUACAUGUUUCAAGGCAUGUAAGGACAACUUCAUGUCUUGCAGGCCUAUUAUAGGAUUAGAUGGUUGUUUUUUGAAGGGGAAAUACGGAGGAGAGUUGUUAACAGCUAUAGGUAGAGAUGGGAAUGACCAGAUCCUGCCCAUUGCUUAUGCUGUCGUUGAGGUGGAGAAUAAGGACUCCUGGACUUGGUUUUUAGACCUAUUGAUUGAAGAUCUAGGUGGAAAACAACUAUGUGGAGGGUGCACAUUCAUAUCAUACCAACAAAAGGGUCUGUUACCAGCUAUUCAAGAUCUACUUCCUGGUGUGGAUCAAAGAUUUUGCGUGAGGCAUUUGUAUGCCGAUUUCAGGAAGAGAUUUCCUGGUAAGAACCUGAAACGACUAAUGUGGAGCGCUGCAUCUGCAACACAUCCAGAGGCUUGGGAGCAAGAAAUGAGGAAAAUUAAAGAAAUCAAUGUUGAGGCAUUCAAAUACUUGAUUGCAAUUCCGCCAAGAUAUUGGUCACGUUCUCGAUUCACUCCUAGUGCCCAAUCUGAUACAAUAGUCAACAACAUGUUAAAGGCUUUUAAUAGUGUCCUGGUCACUACAAGGACUAAGCCAAUAAUCAAAAUGCUGGAAGAAAUCAGAAUUUACCUGAUGAAUAGAUGGGCAGCCAACAGAGAAAAGUGUCAAAGAUAUAAACGUGCAAUCUGUCCUAAGAUUUAUAGCAGCUGGUCAGCAGACAAAAUCUUUGAGGUCAGACAUGUCUCACAAAUUGGGGACAAGUUUGUGGUCAACAUAGACGAGGCAUCAUGCACAUGUCAAAAAUGGAGCAUAAGUGGGAUUUCGUGCUGCCAUGCUCUUUCUACAAUGAAGUUCUUAGGGAUUAAUGGACAAGACUUCAUCUCUACUUGGUUUAGGAAGAGCACCUACGAGGAAACUUAUUCCUCAAUCAUAUUCCCCAUCAAUGGUCAGAAUGCAACUUGGUCACAACAAAAGCAAGUGCUCCCAAUAUAA